AUGGCUAGUUCAUUUAUUCGACAUGUUGCUCGACCAAUUUUAGCAACAAGUAAAGGAUUUGUUUCGGCGGCUGCACAUCGCAAUAUACCUUCAAGUUUAGUAUUCCUUUAUCGAACUCAAGCAACCACAACACCACAAUCAACACCAAAUGUUCCUGCUCCAAGUCUUAUUCGUGUCGAUGUUGAACAACGUAAAGCUUUAGUUGAUUUUGGUCAAUAUGUUGCUGAAUGUUUACCACGUUUUGUACAACAUGUACAAAUGACAUCAACAAAUGAACUUGAAAUAUUAGUUCAUCCAGAUGGAAUAUUUUCUGUCAUUGCUUUUCUUAAAGAUCAUACAAAUGCUCAAUUUAGUUCAUUAGCAGAUAUUACUGCUAUAGAUGUACCUACAAGAACUUAUCGAUUUGAGCUUGCCUACAAUUUACUUUCACUUCGUUAUAAUUCACGUGUUCGUGUUAAAACAUAUACAGAUGAAUUAACACCAAUAGCAAGUAUAUGUGAUCUUUUUGAUGGAGCCAAUUGGAUGGAAAGAGAGGUUUGGGAUAUGUAUGGAAUCUAUUUUACUAAUCAUCCAGAUCUUCGUCGUAUAUUAACUGAUUAUGGUUUUGAAGGUCAUCCAAUGCGUAAAGAUUUUCCACUUCCUGGUUAUACAGAAGUUCGUUAUGAUGAAGAACAAAAACGUGUUGUUAUUGAACCACUUGAAUUAACACAAGACUAUCGUAAAUUUGAAUUAAGUACACCAUGGGAAACAUUUCCUAAAUUUCGUAAUCGACCUCUUGAUGAUUCAAAAAAACCUCCAGAACCUACAGCAUCUGAAGUUUCACAAAAACCAAGUGGUACUGGUAGUGAAAAUAAAAAAUAA